AUGGAUCUUGACUAUUUGACGAGUAGACCGAGUAACGAGCACUGGCAAGCUAUUGAGCGAGUCAUGUGGUUCCUUAAAAAGACCAUGGAUCUCGACCUACAUUAUAAGAAGUUUACUGCUAUAGUGGAAGGGUACAAUGAUGCAUAUUGGAACACCUUAGCGGAUGAUUCCAAAGUUACUAGUGGCUAUAGAUUUAGUAUAGCUAGAGGAGGAGUAUCUUGGAAAUCAAAGAAACAGACUAUCCUGGCUCAGUCCACAAUGGAGUCUGAGAUGAUAGCACUAGCCACAACUACUGAAGAAGCAAGUUAG